CGCAUCCAGGAGAGGAACCAGCAGCAGGACCCACUGGUGUGUCCCGCCUACCAGUCCUACUUCCGGACCAUCGAGGAGCUCCAGCAGAAGAUCCUGUGCACCAAGUCUGAGAAUGCCAGGAUGGUGGUGCAGGUUGACAAUGCUAAGCUGGCUGCUGAUGACUUCAGGACCAAGUAUGAGACAGAGCUGUCCCUGCGGCAGCUGCUGGUGGAGUCCGACAUCAACGGCCUGCGCAGGAUCCUGGAUGAGCUGACCCUGUGCAAGUCUGACCUGGAGGCCCAGGUGGAGUCCCUGAAGGAGGAGCUGCUCUGUCUCAAGAGGAACCAUGAGGAGGAAGUCAACACCCUGCGCUGCCAGCUGGGAGACCGCCUCAACGUGGAGGUGGAUGCCGCUCCCACCGUGGACCUCAACAGGGUGCUGAACGAGACCAGGUGUCAGUACGAGGCCCUGGUGGAGACCAACCGCAGGGAGGUGGAGGAAUGGUUCACCACACAGACUGAGGAGCUGAACAAGCAGGUGGUGUCCAGCUCAGAGCAGCUGCAGUCCUACCAGGCAGAGAUCAUCGAGCUGAGACGCACAGUCAACUCCCUGGAGAUUGAGCUGCAGGCCCAGCACAACCUGAGGAACUCUCUGGAGAACACGCUGACAGAGAGUGAGGCCCGCUACAGCUCCCAGCUGUCCCAGGUGCAGUGUCUGAUCACCAACGUGGAGUCUCAGCUGUCUGAGAUCAGGUCUGACCUGGAGCGCCAGAACCAGGAGUACCAGGUGCUGCUGGAUGUCAAGGCUCGGCUAGAGUGUGAGAUCAACACGUACCGGGGCCUGCUGGAGAGCGAAGACUGCAAGCUACCCUGCAACCCCUGCGCCACAAGCAACGCGUGCGGCAAACCCAUCGGGCCCUGUGUGUCCAAUCCCUGUACCCCCUGCCCACCUCCCGCCCCCUGCACACCUUGUGUCCCACGACCCCGUUGUGGGCCCUGUAACUCCUUUGUGCGCUAG